CUCCCGCAAAAAACUUCAACCGACUCCACACUGCGCUGCGUAAAUAGAAACGAUUCUUGAGUCCUUUGAGCCGGUCGUCCAAACUACAAAUCUCUUCGGAUUCUUCAGUUCUUGGACAGAUAAAGGAUUUCCUCAUUCAAUUUUUGAUCCAGUCAAGAAAUUCUUGCCAUUGGUCGUGUUGAGAUCUGGUGCAUCUUUAGUUAUGGGUCCUGUUGACAAUGCCAUCGUUAACAAAGAAGGUCGACUACCAGCAGAGGCAAAAAGAAUAUUGCAAUCAAUGGCAUCCAGCUGGAAUGACAUCACUGAUCCAAAUGAACUACAGGUGAUACCACUCAAGGGUGCUAUGACCAAUGCGGUUUACCAAAUUAAGUGGCCGACAAAUAGAGAACACUCACAGAAGGUAAUAGUUAGGAUUUAUGGUGAAAGUGUAGAUAUCUUCUUUGACCGUGAGAUAGAGAUCCGAACAUUUGAGUUUAUGUCCAAGCAAGGGCAAGGACCUCGUCUACUAGCACGGUUCUCUAAUGGGCGAAUCGAGGAGUUUAUUCAUGCACGGACACUGUCGGCUCCUGAUUUACGUGAUCCAAAAAUAUCUUCCCUUAUAGCAGCUAAAAUGAAGGAAUUCCAUGAUCUUGAUAUGCCUGGUCCAAAGACUGUUGUCCUUUGGGAUAGAUUGCGUAAAUGGCUUAGUGCGGCCAAAAGUAUGUCUUCCCCUGAAGAAGUUGAGGCCUUUCACUUGGAUGCCAUAGAGGAGGAGAUAUCCAUAUUGGAAAAGAAUCUCUCAGGUGACGAUGAACGCAUCGGAUUCUGCCACAACGAUUUACAAUAUGGUAACAUAAUGAUUGACGAAGAGACCAGAUCAAUAACCAUAAUUGACUAUGAGUACGCCAGCUACAACCCUGUUGCCUUUGAUAUUGCAAAUCAUUUCUGUGAAAUGGCUGCGGAUUAUCACACAGAAACCCCUCAUAUUUUGGACUAUAGUAAAUACCCUGAUUUGGAGGAGCGGCAAAGAUUUCUCUGUGUCUAUCUGAGUUGUUCAGGUGAUCAGCCCAGUGACCUGAAAAUGGAGCAGUUCGUUCAAGAAGUGGAGAAGUAUACUCUUGCAAACCAUUUGUUUUGGGGCUUAUGGGGCAUAAUAUCGGAACAUGUCAAUGAUAUUGAUUUUGACUACAUUGAAUAUGCAAGACAGAGAUUUCAACAGUACUGGUCAAGGAAGCCUGAACUAUUGGGUUCUUGUGGUUCUACCACCGAAGGGGCCACUGAUGGCAACCAAGAAAUCAUAGGACACUGUUGAAGCCCUAUUCGAUCAGGAAUGGAAAGCUUUGUGGAAGUCAUGAACUGGUUGUGACGUUCCUUUCCUUUUUUGACUUUAUUUGGAUUAAUAAAUAGUGUAAAUGAAGAAUAUUGCAUCUGGGGGAGUUACAGCAGAGUGAUAAAAGGUGUGUAGUUAAGAGUGAGCUUGUGAAACCCCAUAAAUUUCAUAAAUUAAUUAGACUGGUAACGCGCUAUUAAGGCUAUUAAGCAAACUAAAAAUUGAAAUUUUGAAUUACCCGGCUGAGAAUUCGUCUCCUGAAAACGAGUGGGUGUGCAAAUUUCGUUAAAUUUCGAGUCAAGCGAAAAAAUCAAGUAUUAUGAGGUGCGAUACGUGAUCGAGAAUUUCGUAACGUGAUUUUUCGCAUGAUUUAGAAUUUAACGAAAUUUGCAUACCCAAGCAAUGCAAAUUUUAGAUUCGUAUUUCGCUUAAAAGCCUUAAUACCGCGUUACCCAUUUAACAUAAUUAAUUUAUUAAAUUUAUCGGGUUUCACAAAGCUAUACAUACAGGUAAUUCUAUUCUGGAAAAAUGUAUAGCAAUGUUCAUGAAUGGCUUCAUAUUGCUUGGGACGCUUUCUAAAAUUAGGUCUGUUCCUUCUUCCUUCUGCCUUUACAUUGGACCUUAUAGAUUUAGCG